AUGAGUGACGAAAGGGAUACAGUUUUUGUAAUUAUAAACAAUAUACCCCGUGAUUAUCAUUCAUCAGAUCUCAGAAAUUUCUUCUCUCAGUUCAUAGAGACUAAGGGAUUCAAAUGUUUCCACUUCAGACAUCGACCAGAAGUUCAGCUGAAGAAACGUCAGAUAGACGAUGGAGUUGAUGAUAACGAUAAAACACAAAACACAUCAUCUAAUACGUGCUGUUGUGUUGCUAGGGUAUAUACAAAUAGAUAUGAUGAACUUAUAAAGAUGUACCACAGAAAACACUGGCUAGACAGCAAUGGAGAAUCGAUUUCCAAAGUUUGUCAUAUUUCUAAAGCCAAAAUUCAACAGUCAGACGAUAUGUCUUUAAAGUACAAGACAAGAGGAGAGUUGAAACAGAUACCCAAUGACAGAGAAACUUUCACAGAAGCAGAUUUAAUGAAACUUCCAGAAUUACAUCCCCCUGCUGCAAUGCCAAAUGGUAAUGUGGGAACUCCAACAUCUAUUUUCAUGGAGGCCAUUCGACAAUGUAAACUUCCACCCAUUGUUAUCAAGAAAUUAGGACUGAAAUUUCCCAAAACCAGAGUAAAAAACAGAUAUGGAAAUGUUUCUUUUGAUUAUGGAGGUGAGACCGAGGAACCAAAAUAUGAAGAAUCUUCUGAGGAGGCCAUUUUAUCUGGUUGUGGGCAUAAACUUGUGAGUGAGGAGGACUUUGAAGAAAAGGUUGAUAGGUCAGAUGAACAAAGUCAAAAGAUAUACAAGAGAGUAACCAGAAAAGACCCGGAAACCAAGAGGAGAAUGGAAUUGAACAUUGAAGAGAAUAUGAUCCACAAAGAAGACAAUGAUUCUGAGCAUGACGAUGACAGUUGUGAGGAAUGGGAGCGACAUGAAGCACUGACAGACGACCCAACAAAUCAGGAGAGAAACAAGGACCGACUGUUUGAGGAGGAGAUAGAACUCAAGUGGGAGAAGGGAGGCAGUGGACUGGUCUUUUACACAGAUGCCCAGUACUGGCAGGAGCAGGAAGGGGACUUUGAUGAACAAACAACAGAUGACUGGGAUGUAGACAUGAGUGUGUAUUAUGAAGACGGAGCCGGGGAUAAGGAUGCCAGAGAUCAUGUGACCAUGAGGCAAGAAAAACGUAGGAGGGAUGGUGAAGAGGCCACAGAUAGGUUCACUGUAGGAAUAGGAAGAAAAAGAAGAUUCAAAGUUCCAAAGGAAGAUCACAAAAUAGGAAGAUUUGAAUCUCACACUAAAGGAGUGGGAAGGAAGAUCCUAGAAAAGCAAGGCUGGCAGGAAGGAGAGGGAUUAGGAUCUUCUGUUAAAGGGAUUGCAGAAGCAUUGGAAAAUGAUGGACAAAAUCCCAAAGACAGAAAAGGAUUAGGAUACAGAGGUGAGAAACUUGUCAGGCCAACAGGAAAAUCUCAACGAGCAUACAGAGAAGUGAUAAUUUCUACUGUGUAUGAUAACCACUCUAAGACAGAUCCCCAGGAUCCACUGCUGAGAAGGGGCCACCAUUAUCACAUCAAGUAUAGGGAUAAAGUAGACUUCACCAAACCACAGGAAAGUCAGGGCUACAUUGACAACUGAAGAGAGGGUUAUAUUAACAACUGAAGACAGGGUUAUAUUGACAACUGAGGAGAGGGUUAUAUUUGAGAACUGAAGACAGGGUUAUAUUGACAACUGAAGGCAGGGUUAUAUGGACUACCGAAGACAGGGUUAUAUUGAAAACUGAAGACAUGGUUAUAUUGACAACAGAAGUCAGGGCUAUUUGAGAACUGAAGACUUUGCUUCACUGAUAACCUGAGUCAGGCUAAAGCCAAGGUGGUGUAUCUUGGCAAUUGCAGAAUGGGGUGUGUUGACGACUGAAGAGACUGGGCUAUGUUCGAAGCCAAAAUGACGACACAUUUAUUGCAAUCCAACUGAAGCCAAGAUGAAAUUGAGAAUUUUAAAGUGUGCUACAUCUGUGUAUUGAAAACAAACUGAAGACAGGGGUUUAGUCUAUUAUUGAUGGAAGUGAACAGAGAUAAAAGAGCAAGAGAUAAUGAUAUAAAGUUGAUCCUUUGACUACAUCUAUCCAGACUAAUUGAUUUUAAUGAAAAAAGAAACAAGCUACCCUGGUAAAUAUUUUAAACCUUUAAAAUGCGAGACAUUAUAGCUAAGCCAUUAUGAGAUUGAAUAUAGUAAACAUGGAUUUUAGCAACAAUUUGGUGAAACUUUGGCAAUUUUAAUCGGUGUCAGUAUGGUUUAUAUACAGUACUCUCGCUAUCUUAUAACAAGAAAUAUUUUUUUUUAAUAAUGCAAUAAAUGAAAGGAAGGAAAAUCAA